AUGGAAGACGAUGCCGGUUUCGGCAAGGCUUCCCGAUUGAGGAGGCACAGGGCCGGGCUGGGGGCCUCCGCCACACCGUACGCCCGGAACAAGCCAGUGGCUGCGCCCACCGCCCUGGCCCACCAGCCCUUGCUGGAUAAUGCUGACGGCCGAUCUCGCCUCGGCACGGUGCUGAGGGCUCCCCUGAAAGCAGCAGCCUAUGUUCUGACGCGGGUCCCACUGAUUGGAGGGUACUUUGGGGAGAAUUCCAAGGCGGCCUCCCCUGCCGCUGCUUCGCCACAAGAGAACGGCGGCGAGCCCGGCGAGGACAUGGCCGCCUCCCCCACGCCCACGGAGGCCGAGGCCUCGCUGGCCGGGUUUGCGGGCGGGGCCCCUCCCCGACCCCGCCUCGCCUUCGCUGACGUCAACGCCACGCCCUACGACGACGUCCUGGCCCUCCUCCGCGCCGGACCGCUGGCCUCGGGGUCGCCCGCGCCGGGCGCGCUGGGCUCCGCCCGCCCCGCGCGUGCCCAGAUCGCCUCGCUGUCCGACCCCCUGGGCCUGCCGCGCGCCACAACGGAGACGGCGCGCCGCAUCCUGGCCACGCUGGACGCGCUGGACGCCAGCCUGACCCCGGGGUCAAAGGGCGCCGGAGAGGGCGACGAGGAGGCCCUGCGCGCGCCUCCUCCUUCCACCAGCCUGAACGCCGACGGCGGACUGGACGAGGCCGGCGAGGCGCGCCCGCAGUCCUGCGUGGCCUUUGGCGGCAUCUCCUUCCAGCCAGAAGCCAAUGGUGCCGUGGCCGGCCCCGUCUACGAGUUUGGGCGGUCCCGGGACGCCGCGACGGAGCGUCAGGUGGCGGCCGUGGUGGCUGCCGUCGGGCCGGCGGCCGCAGCGUCCACCGUGCCCAUUUUCGAGUUUGGGGUGGGGGAUGCGGGGCGCAAGGCCCGCGCUCCUCCCUCAAACGCUGCUGCGGCGAAGGCUGCGGCCAAGGCGGCAGAGAAGGCGAUCGAGGAGCAGACGCGGCCGGCGGCCGGUUCUGGUGUGCCCGCCGCCUUCAGCUUCGGGGCGCCGGCUGCCUCGGCCGGCGCGUCCUCCACCUCGCUCGUCCCAGCCUUCAAGUUUGGGGCAGCGGCCGGCACGGAGGCGGCGGCCAAGGCGGGGACGGAGGCGGCUUUCAGCUUUGGGGCUGCGCCCUCGACCGCCUCGCCUGCGACCGACAAGGUAGCCGAGGCGGCGCCGGCCACGAGCGGCAGCGGCGGAUGGGGGGAGGCCCUGCUCAAGGCAAACAAGGCGGCGUCUGAGGCAGCAACUGCCGCAGUGGCCAAGGAGAUUGAGGAGAGCCAGGGGGGCGGCGCCCACCCAGCGACGACCACGGGGUUUGGCAGCGCCCCAGCAACGUCCAGCGCCGCCGGCAACACCGCGCCGCAGGCGGCCGUGCCAUUCGGGGCCUCUGCCGGCAGCGCCCCCGCCUUCGGCCUGUUUGGAGCCUCGGCGCCCGGCGCCGCACCCUCCGCAGCCGAGCCGGCGCCUUUCGUCUUCGGGGCCGCCUCGGCGGCGGCAUCGACGGAGGCCGUGACGUCAGCGCCGGCCACCUCCGCAGCGCUCUUUGGCGCUGGCGCCGCCGCCCCCGCCGCAGCGUCAGCCAGUGCGGGGCUGGGCGGCCUGCCAUCCACCACUUUUGGCACGGCGCCGUCCUCUGCUUCCACUUUUAGUUUUGGCGGAGCUGCAGCCACCCCUGCCGCGGAAGGAGCUGCAGCCGCUGCCUCGGCGCCGGCGCCUCUCUUUGGCGCGCCGAGUGCCGGCGCCUCGGUUGCUGCGCCCGGCAGCUUCGCUUUCGGGGCGGUCGCAACGCCCGCUGCCUCGUCCAGCACGCCCACUUUUGGAGCGGGGCGGACGAGCUCGGCGCCCGCCGCCGACCCCGGCCACACCACGUUUGCCUUCUCGGCUGGCGGGGCGAGCAGCCCAGCCCUGCCCGCCGCCUUCACCUUUGGCGCGGGCGGGACGUCGGCGCCCGCUAGUAGCGCCGCGGCACCGCAGGCAGGCUUUGGGCGGCACCAGCGCCUCGCCCGCCUGCACCCGGAAAUCGAGGGGGUGGUGCACCUGCUGGACGGCGGCGAGAGCGGGGAAGGCGAAAGGCGCAGGGGCGGGGUGGGCUUGCCGGACGACGAGGCGGCCCAAGUAGUCUAA